AUGCACUCAGAUACUCGUCUGACAUCCGCAGGAUUGCACGCGGGCCCCUGGCUGACUGUAUAUGGGCCUCUGCUGAACAUCCACCGCGGUGUCUCCGAAAUGACGGUUCGUGAACUGGCUUCGAGUCUGCGAUCUCCUGGGAGUGACUCGCAAAGCCUUCGACUGACGGUGGCUGUUCGAGCUGGCUGGAUUCCCAAAGCAAGCAAAGGCAGCGGCACCUGCACACGUGCAGUCUUGAGCCUUCUGGGGCAGCGCGUCGUCAGUGCCAUCCAGACGGGGGAGGACGUGGACUACACGUGCGCACUGGAUCGUCACAUUGCACUGCCAGAUGACACUGAAGAGGCCUCCCAGCUCCUCGAUCUUAUCCAGGAAGCUGUUUGCAGCGUGGAUGUCAUCGAGGAGGCCCAUCCAGAUUUGCUUUUCAGCCCGGGCAGGGCAAACUCAAGAGUACUUUGUGGCAAUCGUGUAGCUCUCUGGCGGCUGCUUUCGACGCAGAGCGAGAUGCCGACAGAGAAGUCUCCUAGAUCCACAGAACAUCGACUGCUAGGCUUCAAUAGCCUAACAACUUCGUGGCGAAUUCCUUUGUCAAGCCGCCAAGAAGAUCAAAUUGGGAAGAAGCCGUUUGUGGACAUCGAUGUGCGCUCCGAACAUGCCGCUGUGGCGUCGUCGCCCCCCUUCGGCUGCCUUGGUGUUGCUGCGCCGGCUGGUGACAUGGUCGAGCAACCCGACAAGCUGAAACCGCACUUUUUGCAAAUACGGCUGGGUGAGUUAAAAGCGGGGAUCAUGGCUAAGCCGGAGGACGUCCGAAUAGAGCUUCGUUGCGCUGGUCUCAAGGUCUUUUCCUUGCCGGCUGGCGAGCCGUGCUUGCUCGAAGCAAAAGGCUUUAUGACCUUCAAAGGAGAGAAACUGCUGCUCCCACUACCACCCGAGGUGGUAGACGCAUCCGGACAGCUUCCACCAGUAUACCUCUUGGUCAAGUGUGCGAAGAGCAAGGAUGUCCCACAACCGAUGGAUUUCCACGAUAUGCUGAAGCUUUCCGGACGCGCUGUCCAGAAGCACACGCCUGAGGUAUCUAUUCUGCAUGCCAAGCUUCUGCUUGAAAAUUUAGACUUCGACGAUGCGAGCCAUCUUCGGCCACUCGCGUUGUGCGAAGUGACGGAAUCUCCGCACGCAUCGGUGCUUUCGCAACUGAAGGAUACUGCCCUCCCGGCACACGUGCCGUCGCUGUCAGUUGCUGCUUGCCUUCGAGAUGAUCUUCCACAGAUCAAUGCGGAGCAAGGUGGUAGGAUUUAUGUUGGCGGUGCAGGGACAAUAUCGGUGGAGGAGGUGCUGACAUACCCUCGCAGUGAAGCAGAGUUUCGCGACAGAUUGGUUGAUGGCCGCUGGGACGAGCAGCGGAUCGGCCUUGAAGGAAUUCCGCUCCGCUGGCCAGUGGCCGAGCCGCGCACGGCCGUCGAGCUCGCCCAGUCGCGGCUACCACCAGAUACAGAAACGCUUGUGAAGCUAUUGAGGCCCGUCUUCGAGAAGUGGCCACGAGCUGAAGCAGCAGUGGCAGCAGAUGAGAACGAGUGCGACUUUCGUCGACGGCCGGCGACUUGGUCCAGGGUGCAGGAGGCCUUGUCACAGCAGGAUGGCACCUGUGACGUGGAGCUGUCCCCUGCCUUUGUGCGGAAUUGGAAGGCAGGGCUGCGCACAUCGGCUUGCGGCUUAGAGUUGCGCUACCGCCUGCCAGGGGCAGUCCUCGCGACCCCUUGCACUGCCAUCUACGAGCCAGACGUGGAGCCAGUCGCCCAGAUCUGGGUGUCGUAUCGCGUGAUCUUGCAAAGCCUGCCCGUGACCUCCAUCAAGUCCUGCCCCAUUUCCCCACCACUGGCCUUCCUGACCCUGGCCACCUGGGAGGCAGAGCAGUCAGCUGGCUUCCAUGUCUACGAUGCUGCUGUCUUGAAGCCGCACGAUGCGGUGGCCACGUCGCUCCGUGGCACCGCCGAGGGCAUCGGCGGCCCAGAUGCUCUGGAGGAGGUCUGCCGGCACGAAUGGAAAAUGCACCUGCGUGUCCCGUUCCUACAACUCCAAAGUCAUCAACUUGUCCUGUUCCAACAGCUGCACAUCGACGCAUUGCUUGGAUCUGAUGCAAAGGCCGACAGCGAGGAGGACAUGAAGAGGUUGGUUGCCAACCUCCGGCAAUCUGUGCACAGCCAAGAAGAGAAGGGGGGAUGA